AUUUCCCAGAACACCCUGCGACAAAAAGAAGGGGGGUGUAAAACAAAACUCAGUUUGCCCUUUGACCUUUCUAAACAGUCCAAUCCCAGCGGCAGUUAUCCCGGAAGUAGUAAAACCAGCGUGUUUUGACGGACAGCGGGCCUCGGCGAAUCAAAGUCCGCGAGCAGCCGCUCGGGACCUAUCACAAGCGAGGUGGGCGGGACUCCCGUCCAGCAGGGCAUCGGAGGAGGAGGUGUUCCUGGUAGCCAUCUUGGAUGUGCGGGGUGAUUGUUUAGCGAGAAGAAUUGACAUUUUUUUAAAAGAAAAAUAGCCGUUACACUGAACGUUGCAGAUCUGCCGGACCGGGGCGACAGAGGAAAGGAAUCGUGACUCGGAAGAAUCCAGUGAAAGAAGGCAUGAAGACAUCAUCCUAGUCAUAAGUCAUGGCCGAUAAAAGGAAACUUCAAGGUGAAAUAGAUCGAUGUCUGAAAAAAGUAGCGGAAGGAGUUGAACAGUUUGAAGACAUUUGGCAAAAGCUUCACAAUGCAGCCAACGCAAACCAGAAGGAAAAAUAUGAAGCAGACCUCAAGAAAGAGAUUAAAAAGCUCCAGCGUCUUCGAGACCAGAUCAAGACGUGGGUGGCAUCCAACGAGAUCAAAGACAAAAGGCAGCUAGUAGAGAACCGCAAACUAAUAGAAACGCAAAUGGAGCGGUUCAAAAUAGUGGAAAGAGAAACGAAGACGAAAGCGUACUCAAAAGAAGGGUUGGGUCUGGCCCAGAAGGUGGACCCGGCCCAGAAAGAGAAGGAGGAGGUCGGCACGUGGCUAACGAACACGAUAGACACGUUGAACAUGCAGGUGGAUCAGUUCGAGAGCGAAGUGGAGUCUCUUUCAGUCCAGACCAGGAAAAAGAAAGGAGACAAGGAGGACCGGAUCGAGGAGCUAAAGAAGUUCAUCGAGAAGCACCGGCACCACAUCCGGAUGCUGGAGACAAUUCUGAGGAUGCUGGACAACGACUCCGUGCAGGUGGACUCCAUCAGGAAGAUCAAGGAUGAUGUGGAGUAUUAUCUCGACUCGUCGCAGGAUCCAGACUUCGAGGAGAACGAGUUUCUGUACGAUGACCUCGACCUGGAAGACAUCCCUCAGACGCUGGUCGCCACCUCCCCGCCGGGACACUCGCACCUGGAGGACGAGAUCUUCCAGCACUCCAGCAGCACGCCCACCUCCACCACCUCAUCCUCACCCAUCCCCCCGUCACCAGCCACUUGCACUACGGAGAACUCAGAAGACGACAAGAAGAGGGGACGUUCAACAGACAGCGAAGUUAGUCAGUCACCUGUGAAGAACGGAAACCCCUCUUCCUCGUUAUCUUCCUCCUCCUCCUCUUCCUCUUCCUCUUCCUCCUCCUCUUCCUCCUCUUCUUCUUCUUCCUCCGUCUCGGGACUGACCUCAUCCUCCCUGGUCUCUAUGGCGACCAUCGCUGUGGGGGGAAGCAGCAGCAGCUCCGGGGGCAACAGUCAUCACGGCAGCUCGGGGGGUCUCCUCUCCAACACUUCCGCCGGCAGCUACAGCAACGCCACCCAGCAGCCGCCACACCCGUCAGCACAGCAGCAGCAGCAGCAGCAGCAGGCCAAAAACUUAGUUAGCUCCGCCUCCUCAGUUCCCAACUCCAACCCCAUCACCUCCAGCAACAGCCACCCAGCCUCCUCCACCUCCUCACCCCCCAACGUCAGCACACAGGGGCUCUUCACUUCAGUCAGUCAGUCCCAGGUUCUGUCAGUGCCCACGCCCACCUCCAACAGUCUCGGCCUCAGCCUGGGCCUCUCGCUGGGGAAAGGCGGCUCCAUCACCACAAGCCCGAUGUCGGGGAGCCUGGGUCUGUCAGGGAUGCCGGCGUCCCUGAGCGGCAUGGCGAGCCUCCUCUCCAGCUCCACCCCGGCACCCUACGCUCAGGCAGCUGCCUCGGGCGCCGUCGGCUCCGGCCUGCCAGGCUCUCUGGGCGGCGUCAUCACCACCACGACCAACAGCGCACUGGGCUCCAUCGGCAGCGGGAGCAUCACAGUCGGCGGGCCGACGUCCUCGACCGGAGGUCUGCUGGGCUCGGUGCCAGUGGUGACCAGCAUCGGCUCGGGUAUUCUGGGUUUGACUUCUAGUCAGUCGGGGAUGCAGGGGUCUUCUCUGGUGUCGCUGAGCCCAGUCGGAGGUUUAGCGCCGGGUAGUGGAGUCGGAGUCAUCGGGAGCAACGGAGGCAGCUCGGGAUCAGCAGGGAGCGGAGUGGUGGGAGGAAACUCGUCACUCUCCAUCAGGCCGCCCAGCCAACAGAAGCAGAACGGUAGCACCAACAUCACAGGUUACAGUGCUGUGGUAGCAGACAGCACAACAGACUCCGCCCUCAACAGUGCCAGCCAAUCACAAAGCAGCCAAUCUUCAUCUUUGACCUCCACAGCCAAUCAGCCGGCUAACUGGGAUAAAGCUUACUGGUAUGCAAAUGAAAUGUGUAAGGACACUGGUCCCAGUUUACUGGGCUCUUUGAGUUUGUCGUCCAGCUCCCCGUCGCCGGCCUUCUACAGCGAGGCUAAAACAGUGAGCGGCAGCAGCCUGCUGAACGGCCCGCUGUCCUACUCGCAGUCCUCCGACGUCAUCAAGCCCCAGGAGCCUCUGAGCAGCCUGAAGUCCAUGGCCGAGCGAGCAGCACUCAGCUCAGGGAUGGAGGGAGACGUGCCCUCCCUGCACCUCACCCCAGACAUCUUCCCCAGCAGCACUACGGCCUCCUCGGGCCCUCCGUCAGCACCUCAGCCCUCGCUGUCGGAGGUCAGCAUCCCCCCGUCGUUGGGGGUCUGCCCGCUGGGGCCGGUCCCCCUGUCCAAAGACCAGCUCUACCAACAGGCCAUGGAGGAGGCGGCGUGGACGCACAUGCCCCACCCGUCCGACUCCGAGAGGAUCAGGUGCAGUGAGAUGCAGUACCUGAUGAGGAACCCGUGCCCCACCCUGCCUUUCCACCACCAGGUGCCACCGCCCCACUCCGACACCGUCGAGUUUUACCAGAGACUCUCCACGGAAACGCUCUUCUUCAUCUUUUACUACCUGGAGGGCACUAAGGCCCAGUAUCUGGCAGCCAAAGCCCUGAAGAAGCAGUCGUGGAGGUUCCACACAAAGUACAUGAUGUGGUUUCAGCGGCACGAAGAGCCCAAGACCAUCACUGAUGAGUUUGAGCAGGGAACAUACAUUUACUUUGACUAUGAAAAAUGGGGCCAGCGGAAGAAGGAAGGCUUCACGUUUGAGUACCGGUACCUCGAAGACCGAGACCUCCAGUGACCCGCAGCGAGAACGGAGAACGACACACAACAGACGGACGAAUAUCGGACAGCCGAAGACCAAGAGAGAGGGACAGACGGACGGAGAGCAGACGGAUGAAGACGGGCGGUUAACCUGCUGACAUUCCUGGAUUCGAUCGCAGCUCGUUGGGGGACGGAGAUGUCGGGCCGGAAGGAGGCGAGCGGAUUUACAAAGACGUGAAAACCUUCCCUCCAUCUGAGCCUCCGACCCCGCCUCCUCAUCCUCACCUCACCAGUGAUUCCUCCUCCUCCUCCUCCUCCUCCUCCUCCUCUCCACCCCUCCCUCCACCAUCAUGCAUUUUAUUUCCAUCUUUUUCUUGAACUCUCUUUAAAAAGCUUUGUUUUGUUUUGACAGUGAAGACACAAGAAUCACACCUUAUCUCUCCAGACGAUCAUGUGCUUUCCCCCCUCUGUGUUCUUUCUGUUGCGUUGGCUUUAAAAAAAACUGUUUCGCUGUUAUUAUCUCGUUAACAACCAAAGAUGAUUGGUUAAUCCUGCCGAACAGAAAACACAAAACUAAAUAAGAAGCAUCAGGACGACAGCAUCUCCGACACUUACGGUACGGAGGCGGCGGGGCAGGAAACAGGAAGUGAAAUCAAAAUAAACUGACUGGAGAUCAGUGAGGAGCUUAACGACCUGUAAUGUGAACCAAUCAGGUUCUGGGUGUUUUGUGUUACAGUUGAUGUGGAAAUGUUCACAAAGGUUUGAUGUACGAUCACGUCAGAGUCAUUCUGAAUUAGAUAUUUAGCUGCAACCAGCAACUAAUCGGUUAGUAGUCGAGUACAAGUUAAAGAUUUUUGAAGCCAAAAGGUCAAACUUGUCUGAUUCCAGCAGCUUAAAUGUGAAUAUUUUCUGGUCUUUCUUUCCGCCUCUCUGUCUGUAAAAUGAACUGUGGCUUGAGGACAAAAUGAGACAAUAGAGGACACCGAUCGACAGUUUUAACCUUUUUUACGCAAAAUGAAAAUAAACAUUAGUAUCAGAUAAUCACAAAGAACCCACUGAUAAUUAUCUGACCAACACAUUUAAAAUCCCCAAAGAUUAAUUUACUUUUGUCAUAAAUGACGAAGAGAAGAGGCAAAAUCUUCACGUUUAAGAAGCUGCGACAGAUGUUUGACAUUUCUGCUUGAAAAAUUACAACGAUAACUAAACAAAUAUGUCAGUAUUACACAAAACAGUUUUCAUGAACAGAGGAUUAUUGGCAGAACUGUCGUAUUAGACUGUAUUAGUAUUAACUGGGUACCUGAUAAUAAGCUGACCAGCACUCCCUAAACGUUAAUGUUCAUGCUGAUCAGUUCACACAGUAGCAGGAGACGUAAACUUCCUGCAGUCUGAACGCGAUUUAUGUUACAGGUCGUUAAACUUAUCGUAGUUUCUCCUCUAAAUAAAUUGUCCAAAAACUGAAUGAGGUUUGGUGCAAGACUUGGGUAAAAAAGAUCAUGAGAAACUUGACCUCAGCAGCUAAAUAACGUAUGUUAGACCAGUAAACCAGCCAGAACCGCGACCCAACCGUCUGUUCACCAGGGUGGAGUAUAAACACCCCCACCCGACCCGUUAGGUUCUGGUCGUAGGUGGCACCACCGGCCUCUCUCUCUCUCUCUCUCUGGCACUUUCAGAGGUUCUGUUGUUGUGUUCUCGUGAAGUGGUGAAAAGUGGCUGCUUGGUUUUGUGAAUCCAGUCUAAAAAUAUCCCGCCCCGCCUCCUCCCAUCGAGCCGCGGUGGAGGAUUGUGACAGCACAGCCGCCCAGGUGUCGGUAGUAACCGUCGUCUUUACCUGGUGGGCAGCGUUACGUCACGGCGAGCUCUGGAAAGAGAUCAGAACAUACUUCAGGAUCACAUUUAACAAACUUCUUUUCCUGUGGUUUCUACUCAUAUGUAUAGUUUGGGUUUUUUACCCACAUUUCGAAGGUGAUGGAGGUAAAUGGAGUUUUGUUUGUUUGUUUAUCACCUGCAGGACUUAAAUCCCAGUAGAAACUGUUCCCAGUGAUGUUUUCUGAUGCUUCAUGGAGCUCAAACUGAACUCUGUUUACCUCCACAAGAGCUGAUGCUCACAUUUAUCUCAUCAUCAACUAAUCUGCAGAUUAUUCUCCUCAUCUUUAGUUUAUCAGAUAUCAAGUUUGAAAUGUUGGCUGAAGGGAGAUCCAAGUUGUGACCAACAGUCCAAAACCCGAAAGACUCUUCGUUCAGAUCAUUAAUGAAAAAGAAAAUCUUCAUAUUUAAGAAGCUGGAACCAUCAAUUUGUGACAAUUAAUCAAGUCUCAAGACUGAUGGCGUCUAUUUUAUCGAUCAGUUAAUCAACUAAUCACUGCAGCUCCACCGAGAGUUAAGACACUUAAAUCCAACUGAGUGGACGUCUUGUUUUAUAUCUUAAGACCCGUGCACGAGUAGAAACCAGCAGAAUUAAAAGAGAACACGUUGUUUCGGUGAGCUGAUGGUUUAACGCUCAGUGAUCACUGCGAGCGUCGUGGGUGUUGGAUGCUACCAGCAGCUGGAUGGACAGUUUGUUAGUCUCCCACCAGCCUCCCUCCCUCCCUCUCCUCCUCUCUUCCUCUCUUCCUCCCUCUCUUCCUCCCUCCCUCCUCUUCUCUCGGUGCUGAAGAGCACAAACUGAGCAACACCAGCACUGCUGCCCACAUCAUCUCCUCUGUCCUGCAGCUCUCUGCUCCAUGUUUACACACCGAAGGGGUUUUUUCGAACGAGCCGACUGGGCCCACAACAAACACACUCACACCGCCCCGGUUCUUCACCUCCACCGAGUCCCGCUCGUAGCUUCAUCCUGGUUUGUUCUCCCCUCCUUUACUCUCUCUUCUUCAUGCCAGGUAGAUAUUUCCUUUAUUUCUCAGGAAGUAUUUGAUAGAUCAUUCUAAGAGGAAAUGUAUCCGCCAGCAGCUCCCGUACUCUCACCGCAGCACAACGACGACUAAAUAAUCCUCCCCAGAUAAAUUCGUACCAAAUUUUCUCCCUUCGUCCUCCUCCUCCUCCUCCUCCUCCUCCUCUCUACCUGCCAGUGGCCCUUUCCAUUUCACUAAAGGCUUUUUUAAUAUUGUCCUCCAAUGUUUGGAGCAGCUCCUGGAAGAGAGACCAUCUUUAUAUUUUGUAUUCGUUGGAUUAAUUGUAGUAGAUUGUAUAUUAUUUCUUCUUCUUUUUCCAGAGAUGGGGAAAGCAUUUUUAAAAAAAUAAAUAAAACCCAGAGGAGAAGGAAGGAGCCCGGUUCUUCUAAAAGAUCCGGGCGCUCCUCCUCAGGAGUGUGGGGUGUUUUUAUAGCCAAACCGACAGACUGACAGACCACUCUACACUCUACCCACCCGACUGACAGUCCGGCUUUUAACCUUUUGUUUACCUUUCUGUUUGGUUUCUUUGACAAGAGGAAGGGAUGAGAGGUCGACCCGAGAGCUGAAAUGUGAAACUCUCUCUGCCCCUUUGACAAAAGUGUUGUACAGACUGUCAUUCUUCAAACCUCUUCAAACCUUUUUGUUUAUUUUUUUUUUGUUUAUUUGUUGUUGUUGUUGUCGUCAGACAGCAUGGAAUAUUGACACUUGCAAAGUGGCGCUGAAAAAGUAAAUAAUGACAUAACCAUGAAUAAAGGAUUGUAAAAUAUUAAUAAAAGAAUUACUUUUCAGAAAACUGAA